UUUACUCCACGCUACACCCCGGAGGUGCCCGAGCUCUUCGGCUGAGCACCACGCGAGCCACUCGGCAGCGUCGAACGGCCGCACGGGGUGAGCACAUCCGCGCACCCUGCGAUUCUGUCGCAUGUUUGGUGACGUCCAACAGUCGACUCGCUGUGAAGUGUUCCGAGGCCUGGAGACUUUUUUUUUUUUAUUUUUCCAAACGGCCGCUCGCCUGAAUCAGCGCGUGGAUGCUCGGACCCCGGUGCCCGGUGUGAGCGGGUGUGAGCCGAUGAAGCGCUGGACGCCGUGAACCGAGCAGAGACGGUCGGACGCGUUAGCCAGCGAGUCGAAGCUACCGCUAACUGCCAGCGAGGAAGUGAGGGAGGAACAAAAAUGACAUCUCGGAGGUGGUUUCACCCCAACAUCACAGGUGUGGAGGCUGAAAACCUCCUGCUGACUCGAGGAGUAGAUGGGAGCUUUUUAGCCAGACCCAGUAAGAGUAAUCCUGGAGACUUCACCCUCUCAGUACGGCGAAAUGGAGCUGUCACCCACAUUAAGAUCCAAAACACAGGAGACUACUAUGACCUUUAUGGCGGGGAGAAGUUUGCCACUCUUGCAGAGCUGGUGCAGUAUUACAUGGAACAUCAUGGUCAAUUGAAGGAGAAGAAUGGAGAUGUUAUUGAGCUCAAGUAUCCACUCAACUGUGCUGAUCCCACUUCAGAGAGAUGGUUCCACGGGCACUUGUCGGGCAGGGAGGCUGAGAAGCUGCUGACGGAGAAAGGGAAGAAUGGCAGCUUCCUGGUGAGAGAGAGCCAGAGCCAUCCUGGGGAUUUUGUCCUGUCAGUUCGUACAGGGGACGAUAAGACGGACAGCAGUGACAGCAAACCCAAAGUCACUCACGUCAUGAUCCGCUGCCAGCAUGACCUUAAGUAUGACGUGGGUGGAGGCGAGAAGUUUGACUCCCUCACCGACUUGGUAGAGCACUACAAAAAGAACCCCAUGGUGGAAACUCUGGGCACUGUGCUUCAGCUAAAACAGCCCCUGAACACUACUCGUAUUAACGCAGCUGAGAUUGAAAGUCGAGUUAGGGAGUUGAGCAAACAAGCAGAGGCCACAGACAAGUUCAAACAGGGCUUCUGGGAAGAAUUUGAGACCUUGCAGCAACAAGAGUGCAAGCUGCUCUACAGUCGCAAAGAGGGCCAGAGAGCCGAGAACAAAAACAAGAACAGAUACAAGAACAUUCUGCCAUUCGACCACACGCGCGUGGUGCUGAAUGAUGGGGACCCAAAUGAGCCAGGCUCUGACUACAUCAACGCCAAUAUCAUCAUGGUAGUAUCUGCUGUCAUGCCGGAGCUGGACCCAAAGUGUAACAGUACAAAGCUGAAGAAGAGCUACAUCGCCACUCAGGGCUGUCUGCAGAACACAAUCAGUGACUUCUGGAGGAUGGUGUUCCAGGAGAACUCGCGAGUCAUCGUCAUGACCACCAAAGAGGUGGAGAGAGGAAAGAGCAAGUGUGUGAAGUACUGGCCAGACGUGUCGGCUCUAAAGGAGUACGGCGCCAUGCGCGUUCGCAAUGUCAGAGAGACGACUCCACACGACUACACCUUAAGAGAGCUCAAACUGUCCAAAGUCGGACAGGGAAACACAGAACGUACAGUUUGGCAGUACCACUUCAGGUCCUGGCCGGACCACGGCGUCCCCACUGACCCAGGUGGUGUACUCGACUUCUUAGAGGAAGUCAACCUGAAACAGGAGAGCAUACUAGACGCUGGGCCUAUAGCGGUACACUGCAGUGCAGGGAUCGGGCGGACGGGAACGUUUAUAGUGAUUGACAUCCUGAUAGAUGUGAUCCGAGAAAAAGGGGUUGACUGUGACAUCGACGUGCCAAAGACCAUCCAGAUGGUUCGUUCUCAGCGGUCUGGGAUGGUGCAGACCGAGGCGCAGUACAGAUUCAUCUACAUGGCUGUGCAGCAUUACAUAGAAACAUUGCAGAGACGCAUAGAGGAAGAACAGAAAAGUAAGAUUAAAGGGCGUGAGUACACUAACAUUAAGUACUCUAUGUCUGACCUGACUGGGGGAGAGCAGAGUCCUUUGCCUCCUUGCACUCCUCUUCCUACUCCCACCUGCACAGAGAUGAGGGACGACAGCUCCAGAGUGUAUGAGAACGUGGGACUGAUGCAGCAGCAGAAGAGCUACAGAUGAGAUUCACCUUUGACCCCAGUGCUCUUUCAGUUCCAGGAUCUUGAUACCUGACAGUUUAUUCGCCAGCCACACCUUGACGCCUGAGACUUGACCGUAAUGACAUGGAACAAUACACACACACACACACACACACACACACACACUCUUACACUCUCACACACUCACAGACUCACACACUCACUAACCCUCUCACACACACACACACACACACACACACACACACACACACGCACGCACACACACACACACACACACACACAUGCACUAUGAGAGAGACCAGGCUCCAGGGUCCUCCUGUUCUCGCUCAUCUUCCAUGAACAUUGCCCUCUAGUUGAAUUCUAAACCACUGUGAUCAUCGGAGGAGCCUUUGAGAAGCCUAAAACACUAAAUCCCACUAAACCACAGUCUGAGUUUAGCCUUUGUCAAUCUCACCUCAACAAGGGCUGCAAACAGUGAGCACUCUCCUCACAGGGAAAAAACCUAGCUAACCUUUGCUCAGCCCUCAUUUUUCUAUAUUUAGUUUUUAUUAACCAAAGGAAAGAUUAGAUUAUGUUGUGUCAAUGGAAGUGAGGAGUUUCCUCUAUAAGGCCCGUAUCAAACCACAAAUGAUUUUAUUAACAUUUCUCAGCCAAUUUAAAGUCUCUAUUUGGCCCGAUGGCCUUUAAAGCAGUGGGAGACGAAACUGGGGCAAAACUUCCAGUGACUAUUUUCCAGUUUUCACUGUGUUUAUACAGAGCGAUGUUUCUGAAUGAAGAAGUAUUGGCAACAUUGUAGUGUAAUAUCAUAUUUACAGUUGAUCUGUCGAUUCAUAAUUCACUUACUUCUAAACAUGAAUACUUUUUGUGUGUGUGCCAGAACCGCCUUGAAGAGAAAUUCAGGCUGUUCAGAGAAUGAAUUAACAUUUCUUUUUUGUUUUCUACUUCACAUGGGUCUAGUAUGCUUUUGUUGGGAUACACAGUGUCUGUUAGUUAACCAUUCCUGAGCUCAAGCCUAAUGUCCUUAAUGCUGCACCUUUAUUUAGCAGCUUAACAGUUACAGUCAAGCCUUGAUUCACCGGGUGGAUUUAUAAAUGAUCUAAUCUGCGGUUACUAAAGGAGUUUCGCAAGGGCGGGGGGGGGGCGUCCAUAUUUGAUAUUUGCCCACCCCCCUUUCAUGCCUGCACUUCUAUGUCAAAGUCAGUGAGUGACGUGUAAAGAUUUCAGGGGAGUCUGUUGUGCAUCUCUAUUGCAGGCAUCACUACAGACGCAUGACUGCCAAAAACAAAACUUUUUUUUUGAGUGCAUAUUACCUUUUUUCAUUCUUUCUUGUUCUUUUAAAGAAAAAUGCCUUUUGUGUACCAUUGCCUAUUUUGAGCACUACAUGUACUUAAGUUUAAGAGUAACUGUUUUAAAAAGCAAUCACACAUCUCCCAGCCUUGGCAGCAUAGACGGCCAUUGUUGUGGUUAUAGAAUGUUGGGCCUGUUAUAGUCAGCUGGAUUCACACACACACACACACACACACACACACACACGUAUACACGUAUACACGUAUACAGUUUUCAAGAGGAGAGUGUUUUCUUGUUUUCUGUUAACCAUUUAAAUGAAUCGUGUAAUAUUUUGGGAAUUCACUCAUCCCUUUUUCUUCAGUCAGAUGAGACGAGGGACACCGCUCUCAUGUUCGUGCGCUGAAUAUGAAGCCAGCCAGCAGCCUGGUGUAUUAACAUAAAGACUGAUAAAGUGGGUGACAGUCCAAAGGCGACAGAGAGACUCUAGUAGAAACUCUUUGUAAAAAAAAAAAAUAAAAAAAACCACAGCUUUUCUGUUUUUGUACGGAAUACACAAGCAAACUAUCAAGUGUUAAUUGGGGAGUUUUAGAGUGGGGUGCUAAAUAGAAAAACAAGUCUAUCUAGAAAAGAGGAUCAAAACCACUCUUGUGGGUGUGCUAACCAUUAAGCCACGCCCAGCGGCUGAUUAGCAUAGCAUAAAGAAGCACAAAGAUUGGAACAAGGUCCACCCAUCGGCACCUUCUAAGCUCUUGAAAUAAUGGUCGUUCAGGCGUCGAGAUGAAGCUCGGCUAGCUGUUUCCUAUAUAAGCUCAGCUGAUUGGCCUCAUAUGUACAAACAUGAGAGUGGGAUCAAGCUUCCUGUAUUCACUUUAUACAAGAAAGCAGGUUUCCCAAGAUGUUAACUGUUCUUUUAACUUCUCAAUCAGUUGCAGUAUUUGGGGAUGUUGAAUAUUUUGUAUUCUAGUGAAAAACACACUCACACUUACUCAUUUCAAACAUGUGGCCUAAGUAUUUUCAUUUGUCAAGCCUUCCCAGCUUCUGCACAUUGGCUCACCAUCACUCGCCUUGAGAAACUGCAGUCUUGUGAUUGAACUUACUGUAACAGUGCUGACUCAGAAUCACUCAGUUAAAGAAAAGGGAAGCAGCGGCUCUUUUCUUUGCCUUCGAGGGACAGUUCUCAACCACCACUGAUCCAGGAUUGAACAACCUCUUUGUGCAACAUAAAAACUCAUGAAAUCAGUGUUUUGUUUUUUUUUCCGGGGCUGCUUCCUCCCCCUGGAGGACUCUGCUUAUAACAUUCGUCUGCUGCUUCACAGCAAGUGUUCUUUGAAACUUCUCCCUGGCGAACGCCAUCCACUGACUGAGUUAAUGAGAUCUGUGGUGUGGUUUUCUGUAUGCAGUUUUAUCGUCGAAUGGAUGACUUUGUCUAAUGUUUAGUGGAGUGCAUGUCUGUGGCGUUUUGUGUCCUGAGUGUGUGUGCAGGGGUGAGUGAAUGUGCUGUGAGAGUGUGGCUUCCUUUUCAGCCUUUAAGUUCUACUUUCUUUCCCCGCAGAUGAUAAAACUGCUUUCCAUUUAUCAUGUAAGCAAUUUAGAUGCAUAGAUGUGCCUUCUAUGCAUAUGCCUAUGUGUAUGUGAUAGGUAUUACAAAGAAAACAGUGCUCUUUAGUUUCCACCGCCAUUCAAGAACCUGUAACACUUAAAUGUGAAUUCUUUCAUCCUGAACAUCCUGAACAAAAAAGGAAAAAUGGUGAUCGUGAUGCAAACAAACUAUAUUUUUUAACAUGUAUAUUGUACAUGAGUACCAGGUAGAGGAGAAUGUACUUACUAAAACAUAUCUACUUGCCAAUAAGAUAUACUGUAUGUAUAUUCCUACAGCUUUCUCUCUGUGACACAGAGAGGGACCUCUCACAAAGCUUAAGAGGUUUAUUGUAUGACUUUCAAUGCAGUUAACCACGUUAACUUCCUCAUUAACAAUAAAUGGCUAGCUCAUGCCUCAUUAACUUUU